AUGAUGAGAAGGGGGCUGGCUCAGGCCAUGGAGGAGGUUUGUGAGGGUGCAGCCUCAGGCAGAGAACAGGAGAAUCUUCAAAGUUUCAGAUAUUUUUCAGCUAAUUUAAACCACCCUCUAGGUGAAGCCAGCUUCCUGUCCCUCAGCACCAUGUCUUGGAUGACUCCUGUGAUGUGGUCCAUGUCCAGAAAACAGCUGGACUUCAGCUCGCUCCGUCUGUCUCCUCUGGAUGGAGCUGACGCCAACGGACAGCGGCUGCGGACCCUGUGGGAGGAGGAAGUGUGUGCCAUCGGCCCACAGAGAGCGUCUCUGACUCGAGUGCUGCUCCGUUUUCAGAGAGACAGACUUCUGCUGGUCCUCAGCAUCAACGUCCUCUUCAUGCUGUCUGUAUUUGUCGGCUCAGGCGUCCUGGUCUUUGAGAUCCUCAGCCACAUCAUCCACAUAGAAUCAGCCUCAUUCUGGGGGGGCAUGGCUCUGUGUUUUGGUCUGGUUUCUGUGGAGCUCUUCAGGGUUUGCUGUCUUACUCUGAGCUGGUCCAUCAACCUGAGAACAGGAAUCAGAAUGAAAACAGGUUUCUGCAUGCUGGGCUUCAACAAGAUCCUCUCUCUGCGGACGUACAGCAGAGUGUCUGUGCUGCAGAUGAUGAAUGCUUUAACUAGCGACAGUAACAAGGUGUUCAGUGCCGUCCUGCUGGGCCCUCUGGUGCUGCCCUUCCCCAUUCUGCUCAUCAUCUGUUCUGUGUACACCUGCUACAUCCUCAACUACACCGCUCUCAUCGGCUUCUUCAUCUUCAUCAUCUUCAUCAUUCUGCAGUUGGUGUUUGCCAGGCUCGUGAAUCACUUCCAGCAGAGAGCGGUGAUCAUCACAGGCAGCCGAGUUCGUGCUGUGAAAGAGCUCCUCAUCUACAUCAAACUCAUCAAGAUGUACGUGUGGGAGCAGGCCUUCAGCAGCAAGAUAACAGAAACUAGGACCUCAGAGAGGAAGAUGUUGGAGAAAGCCGCUUUCAUCCAGAACCUCAGUGUGACCAUCAGUCCUCUCGCUCCUAUCAUUGCUGUCAUGUGUACUUUUGUAGUUCACACCUGGCUGGGUUUACCAAUCAACGUCUGCACAGCUUAUCCUGUCCUCACAAUCUUCAACUGCAUGAGAUUUAUUCUGGCUAUGUUUCCCGUUGCCAACAAGCUCCUGGCUGAAGCUGCAGUGUCUGUGAAACGCCUCAAGAAAUUAUUGCUGAUCCAGAAUCCAGAGCAGUACGUCCUCCAGAAAACAGACGACAGGUCUGCAGCUGUCAUCAUGGAAAAGGCCACACUGUCCUGGACCAAACCUCUCCCACCCGCAGCCUCAGAGGACAGGGAUGACCUGGUGUCCAAAACAAGACACACCGAUGUGCUGCCCACCCUGAGGAACAUCUCUUUCACCCUCACAAAGGGUAGACUGCUGGGUGUGUGUGGGAAUGUUGGAAGCGGGAAAACAUCACUGAUCUGCAGUCUGUUAGAUCAGAUGCACCUACAGCAGGGAUCAGUCUCAGUGGAUGGAUCCAUAGCGUAUGUCUCCCAGCAGGCCUGGAUUUUCUACGGGACAGUGCAGGACAAUAUCCUGAUGGGGGAGCCUUUGAACUGGUCCAGGUACAACAGAGUCAUCAGCUGCUGCAGUCUGGAGAAGGACCUCAGCCUCCUGCCUCAUGGGGAUCAGACCAUGUUAGGUGAACAUGGCCUGAACCUUUCAGAAGGACAGAAACAGAGGAUCAGUCUGGCCCGAGCCAUCUACUCAAACAAAGACCUGUACCUGCUGGACGACCCGCUGUCUGCUGUUGAUGCUCACGUAGGGAAACAUGUCUUUGAGGAGUGCAUCAGGAAGCAGCUGGAGGGGAAAUCCAUCAUAUUAGUAACUCAUCAGCUCCAGUACAUGGAGUUCUGUGAUGAGGCCCUGGUUCUGAAGGAUGGGAUGGUCCUGGAAACAGGAAGUCACCAGGAUCUGAUGAAGGCAGAGGGACACUAUGCUGAGCUCAUCAACAAACACCUGAAAGAGCAGCCUCACAGAGAAGAGAAGAAAAAUGUGGAGCUGAAUAAAUACAUUAAUGGAGAAAUGAUCAAUCCAGCUUUUCACAUCUCAGCUGAGAGCACAGGCACAUCCUCAGCUUACUGCACAUCUGCUGAUCAGCUGAUGGAUCAGAAGAGCAGCAGGAAAACUUCAGUCACCUGGAGAACUUUUCAACAAUACUGCCAAGCAGCUGGAGGAUACUGUGUGAGCCUCUUCAUCCUCCUCAUCUUCAUCCUGUUGAUGACUAAUACAGCCAUGUGUUACUGGUGGCUCAGCAUCUGGCUACGGCAUGGACACGGGACGGCCAACGUUUCGUCCGCAGAUGACGGGAACCUCUCUCUGAACCCCGACCUCCCCUUCUAUCAGCUGUGGUUUGGCGUGAUGAUCGCCAUCCUGCUGACUGUCUGCAUGAUCAAAUGUUUCUGCUACAUCAAGGUCACAUUACACGCCUCCACCACGCUGCACAACAGGUUACUGAGGAAGGUCAUAGCGAGUCCCAUGAGUUUCUUUGACAUGACUCCGACCGGCAGCAUCCUCAGCUGUUUCUCCAGGUGUCAGGAAGAGAUCGACUCUUUAAUGCCUCACCAUCUCAACGUCCUGCUCUCCUUGUGUCUGAUCACACUCUGCAUCUGUGUCAUCAACUCCCUCAUCUUCCCUGUCAUGUUGCUGCCAGUGUUCAUCCUGGUGACAGUCCUGAGUUUCCUCCUCUGGAUGUUCCGGGGAAACAUCAUUCAGUUAAAGAAGAUGGAGAGCAUCAGUCACUCCCCCUGCAUCUCUCUGAGCUCCUCCAUCGCUCUGGGCCUGAGCACCAUCCAGACCUACAACAAGACGCACAACUUCACUGAGCGGUUUAAAAAGCUGUUGGACAACACUUCUAACCACAUCUUGCUGUUCCUCUAUGGGAUAAGAUGGCUCGCCUUCCUGGCGGACUCUUUGUGUGCCGUUAUGACUCUGCCGGUCGCUCUGCUCGUUGUUUUUGUCUCCAACGACGUUAGCAGCCCGGCUGUUAAAGCACUAGCUUUGUGCUUCAUCAUACAGCUGACGAGUAAUUCUCAGAGGAUGAUCCAGUCUCUGCUGGAGGUGGAGAUCAGGUUCAUCUCUGUUGAACGGCAGCUCCACUACAUUAAGAGCUGUGAGUCUGAGGCCUCUGGACAGCUCUGUGUGGAUCAGGUAUCAGAGGACUGGCCUCAGCAUGGAGCCAUCACUUUCCUGGAUUAUAAAAUGAGGUACAGGAAGAACUCACCUGUCAUUCUCAACGAUCUACAGCUUCACAUCAGAGCUGGGGAGAAGCUCGGCAUUGUGGGAAGAGCCGGGUCAGGUAAAUCUUCUCUGGCGAUGGCUCUGUUCAGGCUGGUUGAACCGACUUCAGGAAGCAUCCUGAUAGACGGAGUGGACAUAACGUCAGUCCACCUGUCUGACCUGCGCACAAAACUGUCCAUCAUCCCUCAGGACCCUGUGCUGUUCACAGGGACUGUCAGGUACAACCUAGAUCCUUACAGCAGACACAGUGAUGAGGAGAUCUGGUCAGCGCUGGAGAAGACUUACAUGAAAGACACAAUUUGUGGUUUGGACAGGAAGUUGGAGGCAGAGCUGACGGACAAUGGAGGACAGCUGUCUGUGGGACAGAGACAGCUGAUGUGUUUGAGCAGAGCGCUGCUACGGGACUCUAAGAUCGUCCUAUUAGAUGAUGCGACGGCAUCUGUUGAUGCAGAGACGGAUGCUCUGAUCCAGGUCACCAUCAGUGAGGCGUUCAAGGACUGCACUGUUCUCACCAUCACUCACCGCAUCAACAGAGUCCUACAGGCUGACCGCAUCCUCGUUCUCGACAAUGGAGAGGUGGUUGAGUUUGAUCCUCCAGACGUGCUGAGACAAAAACCAGACUCUCUUUUCUCACAUCUACUGAGUGCUGCUAACACCGGGUCAUCCUGA